GCUACCUCCAUCGAACACACUCAACGACCAGUUACGUGAAAUCGCAACCUUUCACUAUUCCUCAAUUACGCAGUUAUUUCGCUUACAGAAAGACUCACACAAUGUGUUAGAUUUGUAACGUUUCGGAGAGAUAGUGAGUGAAGUGUUCGUAAUUCAGUGUUGUUUGCCUGCAUAAUGUGCAGUCAGUUAUUCUGAAGUGUGUGGGUGUUGCCAACUAUUUCCUGUGAUGCUUAAUUCACCUUGUUAACGAAACAAUCAAGGAGAUGCUGUCAAAUGUUGAAAAAAUAAGAUAAUAUUUUGCUUCAAAGUAUAUAGAAAUAUUUAAAAAGUAUUAGAAAUAAAACUAAAUGAAAAUUUAGAGAUUUAUGGAGAUUUGUAUAAAUUUGUGGCUUAGAUUUUACUAUUUUAAAACGAAAGUUUUGGAAGAAAAUUAUAUCUAACCUCAGAAUUCAACGCAUUUUUUGCUGGCUUACUUCAAACGAUUUUCUAGUAAUAUUCUUCGUCAGAAUGUUGAGAUGCCGUCUCAAUGGUUAUGAAUUUUUUUGCAAAUUCUGGAUUUGAAUAAGCAUUUUAUAUAUAUAUAUAUAAAGAAGUUCGAAAAUAAAUAUCAAAAUUAAGCUGGAGAAUGAAAUCAAAAUUGUAAUAACAAACUUUUAUAGAGAUCCCCAAUUAAUAUUAAAGAUGUGACUGAAAAGCUUAAUGUGUGCAUAUCUAAAAAACUGCUGAUUUUGGAUUUUUAUACCACAAAUUUCAUUAACACCUGUUUUUAAAAAUGGAAUAUUUUUUCAAUGAAAAUUAUAAGAAUAAAGUGGCAAAGCAUUUUCAAGGAAGUGAACCAAAAAUUAAUUAGUUAGUAGUUGAAUAUCAAACGUAUCGGGAAUCUCAAAGUAUGACGGUGAGUUACCAAUAUGAUGUUGCUUCUUCUACUUCCGGUGGUUUUAUUCGGUUGUUAUUCCGAUGGAGGGGAAGCAUUUGGAAGUUGGUUUACUUGGAAAUGUUCUUUUUCACAGCUGCAUAUUUCUCUCUUGCAAUGUUGUACAGAUUUAUCCUCUCGGACUAUUACAAAAGGAUUUUCGAGAGAAUUGUGUCCAUGUGCUCCACUUUCAUGGACCUAAUCCCUCUCAGUUUCGUCUUAGGAUUUUAUGUUUCUUUUAUCGCCACAAGAUGGUGGAACCAAUAUGUAGCCAUUCCUUGGCCGGACAAAUUGAUGAACAGUAUUUCUUUGUAUUUUCCUGGAACUGAAGAGACAGACCGCGUUCUGAGAAGGACGUUGAUGAGAUACCUGAAUCUAGCCCUCAUUUUGGUUCUCAGAUCCAUCAGCAUGGCGGUGAAAAGAAGAUUUCCGACAAGAGAACAUGUUGUGGAGGCCGGUUUCAUGACAAAACAGGAGUUGGAGAUGCUUAACUCAGUUCCUAACACCGAGUUCAACACAUUCUGGAUCCCCUGCACAUGGUUCAUCAAUCUUUUGCGAGAAGCUAAACAAGAAUGCCGAAUUACAGAUUCAAAUGGUCUUAAACUCAUUAUGGAAGAGUUUAAUGAUUUCCGAAGCAAGUGCGGGAUGUUAUGGAGUUACGAUUGGAUAAGUAUACCUCUAGUAUACACACAAGUUGUAACAUUGGCCACAUACGCAUUUUUUGGAGCUUGUAUCUUCGGACGCCAGUACGUGGAAGCGCCAGAUAAACCAGAUCAAAAUUUUGAAUUAUACAUUCCGGUUUUCACAAUUUUUCAACUAUUUUUCUAUAUGGGGUUAUUAAAGGUAGCUGAACAAUUGAUUAAUCCAUUUGGAGAUGAUGAUGAAGAUUUUGAACUGAACUGGAUCAUUGACAGACAUAUGAAAGUAUCCUUCUUAGGAGUUGAUAUACUGAACACUAAUCCUCCUCCUCUGGUAAGGGAUAAUUAUUAUUAUCAGUUGGACAUGAAACUACCGUACACGGAAGCGGCAUUGGGUUAUAAAAAGAAAACAUAUAGAGGAUCAGUGGCAAGGAUGCAGAUUCCUCAAGAGAAGCAGAAUCUUCUCGUUCCAGAAUUCGACGAGGAUGAUGAUGAAGACAAGAUAGCAGCUACCUAUGGCAUGGGAAACAGGGGAGCUUCGCUUUGGACUCUGGUCGGUGGGAAACUGAAUACACGAUUCAGUGUUUCCAAUCAAAACCUUGACACUGUAACACUGGAAAGUGGAAGUAAUAACUGGAAAGUUUCGAACCCCUCAUUAUUUCUUAAUGACGCCGACCUCACCAGUGACAGUAAACACCCUCCUUCUCUCUUUGGGAUUCAUCCACCUGAUGAAAAUUCUAUCACCAUGGCUAGCCCACAGACAGGGGCACAGCAAGCAACGGGACAAAAACUUUUACCAAGAACACCUUCCGAUACAUCCGCCAUCCGAAAAGCAAUAAAAAAAUUCCCAAUUAAACGACCUCAUUUGCGCAAACGGGGUCACAACCACCCGCAGAAUCGAUGGGUGGCAUUCCAUGCUACACCAGGCAGAGAAGAAGAUCACGAAGUUCUGUCCCUCUACAAGAGCGAAAAACCUCCUGGUGACUUCUUAGAUACUGCUCCUGCCCAUAGAAGGCAAUCCUUUGACGAAAGGAGCUUGGCAGCUCUCAGGGACAAAGCAUCUUCGAGAUUCCAAAGUUUACCAGACGUGAAAAAAUUCGCCUUGGAGAAAGGAGCUGGACCUAUAGAAUGGGACGACUUGAUCGCUGAAAAUCAGGAGAAUCUAAGCACCGCCAAUUUACUGUUGGAUCACGAUGUCACAGAAGAUAGUGGAGAUGAAACUUAUGGUUGUGAGAUUGGACCACCUAUAUUAACACUCACUAGAGCUUCACUGACUCCUUGUCCAUCCAGUGAAGAAUCUCUGGAGCAUACAGGUAUAGAAGGUCGUCUGGGCAUGCAACAGGCGUCGUCUUUGACGUCGAUUCAUGAACUUCAAGAUUUGGGAUCAGAUGAGAAAAGUUCAGAUAGAAAGUGAAAAUGCUAUCUACAUAAAACGAUAAUAAAUUUUAUUAUAGUUCCUAUCAUGGAAACAUUAAUCCGUUAUUACUAAGUCAUAAAAAAUAAAUAAAACUGCGUAAGCAAAUGCAGUAAUACAUUAUUUCGAAGUAUUUCAUUGUUUGAAUGAAAUCUUAAGAGACAAUGUGUGACCAAUUUAUCAUACAUCUUUAUUGGUGAUUUUAUCAACUUAUUAAGUAAAGCCAAUUUGAUUGUGUACGGUGGAACAUUAGAAGACAGAGAAAAUGAAUAGUGGUGUAUUACGGUAGAGAAAGUGGUCAGAAAUCGUUUAGUGGUAUUGAAACUACUACAUUAAAAUCUAAAAGACAUCUGACAAAAUAUUCACCGGAAACAUCAUUACCAGAUAAUUUCCGUGAUCACUUUGGACUUCAAAACUUGAUUUCUUUGAUGCCAAUGUGUUCUAGAUUUCGGAUCUAGAAAGAAAAUUAGAUUGAAAAAAUGUUCAUUAUUUAAAAUAAAUAUUUAUUAAAAGCUA